GGCUUUCCGUACAGAAGUAUUGAGAAAUGAUAAAAAGGUCAAGAUUUAUUAUACAAGCGAUCCCGAAAGUAUUACGGAAAUCUUUAAAGAAUGUUAUGAAGAAGAAAAAACAAAAGAUCUCAUGGAAUUCUUGGAGGCUAAAGGAGUAACUGAUCUCAGUAGUUUCUCAAGAAAAUCUGAUGAAGAAUACAGAGAAUUGGGAUACGAUAAAAACAGUCAAGGUAACUCUGGGGAAGCGAGAGAUAUCCAGCAAAGGCUCCUUGGUUUCUUGGAAGAGUUUGGUAAAAGCGACUUUGUCAAGAAUAAAUACGGGGAGAAUGUAUUUGAAUUUGCUGUGUUUACCAAAAAAGAUGAUUAA